AUGUAGAGAUUUAGCUCUUUGCAAUCUGUUAAGGGAAUGAAGGAUUUAGUUGGAAAUUAGCUUUUGAAGCAUCGAUUUAUAUUUGAUUGCGGUGCUAAGGUAAUGGAAAAGCAUGGGUACUAGAUGAUUGUUUAAAAUAUUUUAGAGCAUAAAUAAGUUUUCUCGAGAACUUUAGGAGAUACAUCUGAAAUUAUUAAUAAAGAAAUGUAUGGAUUUACUGAUUAGUCAGGUAAAGAACUUGUACUUAGACCAGAAGGUACUGCAAGUGUUGUACGUCAUAUUUUAGAAAAUUCAAAGCACUUCGAAUAGUAGCAGAAAUAUUAUUAUUACGGUCCUAUGUAUAGAUAUGAGCGCCCUCAACUAGGAAGGCAAAGAUAAUUUUACUAGCUAGGAUGUGAAUUUUUACAUAAAGAGAAUCCUAAAAAUAGCUACUUAAUAGAUGCUGAGAUCAUUAUAGUAGCUCAUAAGUUUUUACAAAGGGUAUUGGGCAAACAUUCCGAAUUUUAAAUGGAGAUCAAUACAAUAGGAGAUGUUGAAGACAGAGUAAAAUACAAUUCAAUUUUAAAAGAAUACUAUGAAAAAAAUAUACACAAACUUUCUGAAUUAAGUAAAAUGCGCUUAGAAAGAAAUAAUCCUUUAAGAAUAUUUGAUUCUAAGGAGGCAUAAGAUUAAGAUUUAAUAGCUAAUGCUCCUUAAUUUUCAGAAAGUAUGAAAUAAGAAAGCAAAGAAUACUUUAGAAAUCUUUUAGAAGUACUAGAUUCUCUUAAUAUUUCUUACAAGAUAAAUCCUUUACUAGUAAGAGGAUUAGAUUAUUACUCACACACUUGCUUUGAAAUCAAAAAUGUUGCUCAAUAGGGUAAAUCUUAAGACACAAUCCUGGCAGGUGGCAGAUACGAUCAUCUAGCAUCAGUUCUUAACUCAAAAGCUACCAACUUAAACGGAGUAGGCUUUGCAUGUGGUAUCGAAAGAAUUGGCUUGCUCUUGCAAGACGAUGAUCCCAAGUUAAAAGAGUUUGAGAAGAAAAAGAUUAAAAUAGGAAUUGUUCCUGUCCUAGGAAAAUAAAAUUUAAGUGAUGAAUUUGAAAGAAAUCUCAAGCUAUAUUGCGUCAAUUUAAUGAAUUCAAUCUCUGAUGAUUAAAUUGAAGUCUAACUUGUCCUUCAUACAUCUAAAAUGGAUAAGUAAAUGGAAUAUUUAUUGAAGAAUGAAUUCAAAUGGGGUAUUUUCAUUGGCGAAAAUGAGGUGAAAGAAAAAAAAGUGAGCAUAAAAAAUUUAUUAGAUCGCGAAAGUUUUACUAUUGAACGUGAGUAGAUAAAUAAUUACCAAUUUUGA